GUUUAAAUGGUGCGUUCCAGUUGUACUGAGAAAUCGGAAUUUCCGACUUCCUAGCCGGAAGUUUUGAAUGGAACGGUCGGGAAAAGACGAUCAGGAGUGUCCUCCGGCUGAUAAGAGACAAGCUUCUGAUGCUGAUGCUGCGCCCUCCAUCCUCAUCAUCACCACUGUGGUCCCCAGCAACCAAAAAAUCAAAUAACAGCUGACUGUGAGCCUCCGCCGAAUAUUUCACACGACCAAAAAGGACAGUCCGUCUCCAGCCAGGCGGACCGGGACACUUCCUCACCGCCAUGGCAGAAGCAUCUUUACGCACCGUAGCUCAGCGGCCGCAGCGGCAUGGAUGUCAGCCGGCGUCCUCACACGCCGCUCGCUAGAAAGCAACCCAGCGUUGUUGACACGAGGACGACGAGAAACAUAACCGUGAGUCCGGGAAAGCGAAAGAGCCGAGCAAGAGAGGGGACUAAAAGACCGAGGAGAGCACAAUAAUAAGGAAAAGACAGGAGCAGACCACCGGCUCAGGUCGACUGAGGACCAUGUUUGUCCCCCUGCCGGUCCCCUUCGUCUUUCAGAGAACUGCGUCCGACUUCAGCGCCUGGAGACUCAAGUCCUCGCUGGCUGCACGGUCCAGCCCCGAUAUCAGGAUGUCCAAAGCAGAGGAGGAGAAGGCAGUGACGGACUAUCCCGCCGACGGCUCAGACUCAGACAGAAACAGUCCAGACGAGCAGGUGCAUCCAAUGAAAGCCAGCCCGUUCAUUCCGUCCCCAAAACCAGCCAGCAAGGUAAAGACAGAUGAAAGUUCUGAGAUGACUGAGAUGACUCGCAUCUGCGCCCCUCCACAACCUUCCCAACAACAACAACAACAACAACAACAGCAGCAGCAACAACAACAACAACUACAACAGCAGCAGCAGCAGCAGGCCCAGCACCACCACCACCAACUGAUGCUGGCUGGCUCCCAGCUGGCGGGGCUUGCCGCUCUCCUCCCGGCCCAGCAGCAGCUGCUCCUCCAGCAGGCGCAGGCUCAGCUCCUGGCCGCCGCCGUCCAGCAGUCCAACGCCGCCCAUGCAGCUCACGCCGCCGCGCAGCAGCAGCAACAACAACAACAGAACCAAACAUCUCAGCAACAGGCAGCCAAACAGGAGCAGUCCGUGCAAGCUCCGCCUCCACCGCCGCAGCUGGCCCUGUCUCAGCCAAUCCAGCUCACAGCCCAGGACAUCCAGCAGCUACUUCAGCUCCAGCAGCUGGUUCUCAUGCCUGGCCACGCGCUCCAGUCCCCGGCCCAGUACCUCCUGUCACAGUCCCCCCAGACUCAGCAGCAGCAGCAGCAGCAGCAAGCUUUGCUCUCGACGCCAAAUUUGAUUCAGCUACCUCAGCAAAGCCCGGCGGGACUGCUGACGACGCCGCCCCGCCUGGGCCUCCAAGCACAGAGAGAGAAGAGCACUGACGGCGGUGGUGGAGGCAUCAGCAGAUCCUCCAUAGUGGCCAUGGGAGGCAGCACCGUGGCAUCCAUGGGAGUCUCGUCAGUCUCGGCCAGCAACAUGGCCGCUUCCCUGAACGCCGCCUUGACUCCCGGCGGUCACGGCGCUCACAUUGGAGGGGAGGAGCCCAGCGACCUGGAGGAGCUGGAGCAAUUUGCGCGGACCUUCAAACAACGCCGCAUCAAGCUGGGAUUCACCCAGGGGGACGUGGGCGUGGCCAUGGGAAAACUGUACGGCAAUGACUUCAGCCAGACCACCAUCUCCCGCUUUGAGGCCCUCAACCUGAGCUUCAAGAACAUGUGCAAGCUGAAGCCUCUGCUGGAGAAGUGGCUGAGUGACGCAGAGUCCAUGGCAGUGGACAGCAUGCUGCCCAGCCCCUCCGCCCUCUCCUCCCCCCUGCUGGGCAUGGAGGGUCUCGCAGGCCGACGCCGGAAGAAGCGCACCAGCAUCGAGACCAACGUGCGGCUCAUGCUCGAACGCAACUUCAGCGCGAACCAGAAGCCUACCUCGGAGGAGAUCCUGCUGAUGGCGGAGCAGCUCAACAUGGAGAAGGAGGUGAUCCGCGUUUGGUUCUGCAACCGCCGGCAGAAAGAGAAGCGCAUCAACCCGUCCACCAGCAGCACGCCGCCGCUGCCCGGCCAGACCUCGCCCGCCGUCAUGCACAAAGCCCCCUGCUACAGCCCGCACAUGGUACGGCCCGCCCACCCCCUCCAAAGUGGCUUCUCUCUGACAUCUCUCUCCAUCCAGAUUGCCAGUCCAGGUGUGUCCCAGGGCAGCAGCAGCCUCAGCACAACAGCUGCCACUUUGUCCCCGUCGGCGUCCUGCCCCAUGACACCUGUCAGCUCUGCCGCCGCAGGGUCUUCUUCUUUGACUCCGCCCCCUCACAGCACAGCCAGCCCCGCCCCGCCCGGUCUCGGUACUCACGGGCUCAACACUGCGAACACCAUGAUGGGAGUAAGCACAGGAAUGAACCAGGCGCUCAUCAGCAGCAAUCCACUGGCUACCAUGCAAGCCCUGGCCGCCAACAGCGGUCAGCUGUCUCUCAUGGAGGCGGGUGCAGGUCACAUGCUUCUGGGUGCAGCCGGCGGCGCCGUUCCUCCAUCGCUGCGCCCCUCCCUCUUCCUCAACCGCCCCGGCCUGCUCCCGAUGGUGACGGCCUCCAUCUCCAUGGCGACGGCCUCCCCGCCCGCCAUGGGCCUGAUGAGCGGCGGCGGAGGGGCCAUGCUCAGACCCGCCUUCUCCAGGUCGCCGCCUGCCGGGAACCUCAUAAGUCCCACUUCGUGCCCUGAGGAUUCCCCCUGUUCCAGUCCCGCCUCCUUCUGCUCCUUCAGCGAAGCCUCGCCGCCGCCUCUAGGCGGCGCCAUGGCUGAGUGACGGCCAAAGCGUUCCUAUAAAGGAGGGCAUGAGGAGGAGAGAAGCAAGCUUUAAAAAAAAUGUCUACUCACGACCUCGCCUUUCAACCAAAGCCAUCUCUGUCCCGGCCGACUCCCUCUCCGCUUCCCCCCCCCACGUAGACGUCCUCCAAAGCCAAAAAUGUACACAAGUGGACGCGGGGGGGAGGGGCCACGAGGCGAGGGAGCUUGGUACGGACAGAGGGACCAGGAGGGGGGCUACUUGAAACCAAAAAGACCAUCUGAAGCGGAGGUGGGCAGGAGGAAGAAGUGCAUGAUGGGAGGCAAACACCACCACCAAAUAUCUACAAAUACCAAAAACUCGAAACCAAAUACUUAAAAAAACAAAACGGAGAGAAAAGCUUUAGACGUUUGCAUUCGUGCGUCGACCUCAUUCGCCAUUUCUAUUUCACUUUCAUCUCAUUCCUUUCCAUUCGUUGAUUGACAUUUACAAGCAGACCUCUCUACCUCUCCACUGCUUGUGCCUUUUACACAGAACACAAAGCCGAGCUGGACAAUGUUGUACUGCAUCCCGAAAACACAACAUAGGAUGUUGUGCUGACUUGGUAGGGCUGGGUGAUAGGGCUGAAAACUUUACCAUAAUAUAAGUGUUUUAUAUAGGUCGAUAUCAAUAAUUAUUGAUAUUUUUUUAUGAGCUAUGGUAAAUAAGGACUAGGAGAAAACAUUUUUACUAGAGAUGAUAAAUGCGUUAAAAUGUAAUAUUGGAAAUUAUCGGUAUUGUUUUUUUUAUUAUCGGUAUCGGGUUGUUUUUUUUGUUUUUUUGUUUAUUAAUUAAAUAAACAUAAAAAACACAAUUAGUGCACCAACCCAAAAAACCUCCCUCCCCCAUUUACACUCAUUCACACAAAAGGGUUGUUUCU